CGUUGCGAUGCCUUAGCUUACACCGGUUAUUUAAUUUAUAUGCUCACGUAAAUCUAUUUAUCUCUUUACGGUCUCAUAAAAAAUGCACUACGGGUCACUUUAAUGUUUACAGUUAAACACGUAGUUUUUGUACGAAUUUUAUCAACAGUACAGUACAAUAAUUAUUACUGGAAUUUCAAAAAACAGAAGUCAAGCUGACCUCUCUGACUGUAUCGUCUAUCAGGAGAGAAUCCUGGUAAUUCUUAUAGCGGCUUCAGUCCAAUACAUUGCCGGUGUGUAUCUCCACGUAUUCUAUAAAAAUGUCAACAGGAUUUUACGUUGGUCAAACGCAUAACGACAAGCGGAAUGGUAGGCUUUCUUGACAGUUUCAAAUAAUAAUAAUAAUAAUCAUAAUGCUGGAUGUAUAAACUAGGCACUGGGAUUUAUUCCUAUCGAAAUGGUUACUACAAGUAUGAAGGUCAGUGGAGUGACGGGAAAAAGUGUGGCAAUGGAAAAUUUACUAUGAAAGAUGGAAGCGUUUAUGAAGGGGAUUUCACCGAUGGAGAGAUAAGCGGAAAGGGGAGAAGAUAUUAUCCUCUAUCGAAAAAUGAAUACAUUGGUCAUUUUAUGCUUGGAGAACGACACGGAUAUGGACGGAUGAAUUAUGGAAAUGGUUGUGUUUAUGAAGGCGACUGGUUACACAACUCAAAACAUGGACAGGGGAAAUAUAUUUAUAUAGACGGAAGUAAAUAUACUGGUGGUUUCAUUGAGAAUAAACGCAGUGGAGCUGGAUGUUUAUGGACAACAAUGUUUGUUUAUUGGGGCUACUGGAAAAAUAAUAUCUUCAAUGGUACGGGCACUUUAAAACUCAUAAACGGAACAAAAUACGAGGGUGAAUUUGUCAAUGGAAAACCUAGUGGACACGGGAAACUAACACGUCAGACAAUUCUAAUGAUGCCUAGUUAUGAAGGAUUAUGGAAGGAUGGUUCCCCUUGUCAAACUGCACAAUACAUGCGACUGUCUGUUGAAGCUGAGAAAGCCAUGUCAGACAAAAAUUAUUCAUCUCUGCUUGAAUAUCAAAAUUCACCUGUCAAAGAGGCAGAAAACUACAAGUUCGCUACACUCUCAUGGAUGGAAAUUUCGACAGACGAAUUGAAGACAAACUGUAGUGUUGAUAUUUGUGUAUACACUGAAAAUCGUCAAAUUCUUAUUGAAGAAAGUAAUCGUCAGCUUGCUCUAUGGGUAGGGAAAAUUUGCAAAGAGAAGUUACAAUGUCGAAUUCCAGUCAAACUACAGUUUCCAGUGUCAACUCCAUUAUUGUCAUCCAUGGAAAGGAAUAAUACCUACACAGUGGAGACACCUUUUGGAUUCUCAGUUUUUCCAAUUGGUUCAGUUUCCUUAGUUUCUUCUUGUAACAAUGAAGAAAAGGUUCAACGUGAAGAUGUUUUAUCUUCAUUGAAGCCUGAAGCUGAUACUGUUAAUCGUGUGUGUGAUAACCUUCAUUUAGACGCUGAGGAGAUAAAGUUGAAAGUCAAGGAUAUUGUCCCUGAAAGCGAUGCUAUGAUGAAUGAGAAUCAAUAUUUACUCAAUGAAAUUUUUGUCUACAGACAAGCGACGAAUCGUGGCUUCGUUUCAUAUUCUGUCACAAAGUCUACAAUGAAUGCUGACAGUCCUAGUCAUCUAAGUCCAGUAGAACAAGAGUCAUGUGCUACUACUACUGUUAAAACGGGGCUUGACGUUUCCACUCAAAAUGACAGUAUUGAUUUAUCAGUUUUCGAAAAAUCAAUUCUACUAUUUGAGGAGUUUGCGAAUUCACCGAGAAUCGGAGAUCAAUUCGUUUUCGUUGUUGAAGAUAUAACACCUCAAGAAGAGAAGGGUGAUGAUGAAGGCAUGCUGUGUGAAGUCAAUGCAAUUCCCUGUCAUAUUCUACGGAGUCCGAAAAGACUUUCACCGCUUUUUAUAAAACUGCAUUACAAUACCGAUUUGAAUCAUUCGCAGUAAUUCUACGGACACGGCUUGAUGUUUUCUUCCAGUCUAAUAAAUGAAUAAAUUUGUUACACCGUAACGUGUGUAUUUUUCCUGAUUGUGGGUUGCUUUUCUAGCUGUUUCCUUAUUCACUACCAGAACCGCUUCUUUUUUCCAUUAUGGAUAAGAUUUUAUUU